GUCCGAGCUCGCCUCCCUCUCCACGGCGCUCCUGCAUCUCCGAGCGCUCCUCACGCACCGGCUACUGAGGGGGGCAACAGCGCACCAUGUCCCUGAGCCCCAAGCACUCGACCCCCUUCUCGGUCACAGACAUCCUGAGCCCCAUCGAGGAGACCUUCAAGAAGUUCGCGGGCAUGGAGAGCGCGUACCGGCCGGCGCAGCACGCGUGCCAGGCUGCCAUGCAGCAGCAGCACGGUCCCGCGGCCACCUCCUACCACAUGGCACCCGCGGUGGCUCAGUUCCCGCACGCGGCGGUGGGGGGGUACUGCAACGGCACCAUCGGCAACGUGGGCGAGCUGCCGUCCUACCAGGAGAGCGUGCGCAACGGAUCCGCGGCCACGGCGUGGUACGGAGCCAACCCGGAGCCACGGUACCCCACCAUUUCCAGGUUCAUGGGCUCCUCGGCAGGGAUGGCCGUGGGCGCUCUGGCGGGGAUGGACACCAAGACCGUGGUCAGUCUGCACGGGGCUCCGCGACGGAAACGGCGCGUGCUCUUCUCCCAGGCGCAGGUGUAUGAGCUCGAGCGCAGGUUCAAGCAGCAGCGCUACCUGUCGGCACCCGAGCGCGAGCACCUGGCCAGCAUGAUCCACCUGACGCCCAACCAGGUGAAGAUCUGGUUCCAGAAUCACAGAUACAAGAUGAAGCGGCAGGCGAAAGACAAAGCAGCGCAGCAGCAUCAGCAGCAGGACGGCGGCUCCCAUUGCGCCCAGCAGCAGCAACAGCAGCAGCAGCAGCACUCGCCCAGAAGGGUGGCAGUGCCUGUGCUGGUCAAGGAUGGAAAGCCGUGCCAGAAUGGCACCAACGCGCCCACCAUAACCCACCAGGGACAAAACAUGUCCGGGGGAGUGAUGGGGGCGGUAGGGGGGCAGCAACAGCCCCCGGCGGUGGACACUUUAGGGUCUGCUGACGACCUGGAGGAGAUGACCACCCCCAGCCCGCCUGCCCUCCACAUGACCGGACUGCCGCAGACGGACGCCGCGCUGGCCGAGUACACGGCCAACAUGGUCAGCUCCAACCUGCUCUACGGCAGGACGUGGUAGGGAUGCUUUCAGGGACGCUUUCGGGGACAUUCAGGAGUUUUCGUUUCCUUUUUUUGUUGUUGUCUUUGGCGAUGAACAGAAUUCCGUUGCGCCUCAAAAGACUCAGAGAAAAAAAAAAAGAAACUUGUUUAAAAAAAUAAAAAAGCCGAAUGAAAGAAGCGCUGCCGUGUAAAUGCGUGGAUUCUAUUGGGUUUCGAUCUGAUCAUCAAAUUGUGACUGAUUUUUAUGAAAAUAAAGAGACUUUUUGGGGUGGAGUCCCGGACAGAGCCGUUUACUCACCGCCCCGUUUCGCCUCCUAAAAGCUCUGAAGUAAGAGGACUUAGAUUUAACAGAAGAUGGAAAUGUAGGCUGCAUAUCUAACACUGGACACGUUGCUCGGGCUUACGAAGUGAUUCAAGUCUUUUUUUUGUAAGUUAAAAAUUGGAUGCUGCACAGCUUGACGAUUCAGUUUAACAAUAAAAACACCAGACGUGGAAAACCUGCGGCUUUUUCACACAAACGGGUUUUACUGAAGAUGCUCAUUUCUCUCAUGUGAACAGAAAUAUAGACCGCUGCAGUAUUUUAAUAAUGAACUGCAUUAAGUUGAUCAGAGAUUAGACAGAUCAAUAAUUGAUGGG